UGGAGUAAACAAUAACAGAUUUUUCAUUUUUGGUCAAUUUUUAAAAAAGUAAAGUACUGAAAAGUCUUAAAGUCCGCAUGGAAUCAAAAUUGACUUUAUUUACUUUAUUAACACACAUUGCUAGUCUUGAUGUGAAGUUGUGAACAAUUAAUCCGUGCAAGUUGAUCCGCUGAAAAAACAUAUUUGGCAUUGUAAUCUUUAAUCAAAAUCUGAGCAUUUGCUUCCGCUCUGGAAUGGCAUUCCUUCUCUGAUGGCGUCAGUUUGACGGCUUGGGCAGAAUAUACUUAAACACACACCUCCAACCGUUAUUAGUUGCUAUGAGUGAGAGACAGAGAGGAGGAGCUGGAAAUACGUCACUACACUGAAAUAAAGCUGGCAGCAACAUCCGGUUCACGCGGAGUUUAAAAACAUUUUGUUUGAAGAUGAUUAUUUAUAUCUUUGUCCCACACACCAUCAUAGAAUCAGGGAUUACAUGAAUGAACAAAGGCAAUUGAGACAGCAUAAAUCCAUAAAAGAACUAAGACAACUUCUCCAAAUCGGAGAAUGAUUUACCUGGAAAGUACAGUAUUGUGAAAAGUUUUAGGCACUUACUCCCCCCUCCCUUUUCUUCAUGGUGGUCUUACUUUAAUAAUUUUAGUCACCAGCAGGGCAAGUGCUGUCACAGCUUGCAAGACAUACAGCCUUAACUCAGGAUGCACCCUGAUCUGUCGCCCCAUCUACAUACUGACGAGUGCAAUCAACUUAUAACACUUCUCAAACAGUGCCACAAGGAGCAUAACGUCCUCAAGUUCUUUGGCACAUGUAAUGAUGUGGACCGUGCAAUGCGGGACUGUCUCAAGAAA